AGAUCUGGUGAUGGACACCGACAUCACCGCAGCUUCGAGCAUCUCCAGCUUGACGUCGGAAGUUCAAGGCAUCAUCAGUGGCAUUCCGGUGCCCUUUUACAAAGACGACAAGGCGUGCGACAGCCUGACUUCGGCAUCGUGUCCCCUGGCGAGCGGCGACACCUUCGCCUACCAGGUGUCGUUCCCCGUGCUGAAGGAGUACCCGACCAUCCCUGUGCUGGUGCGCUGGGACCUGGUCGACGAGGCGGGCGGCGUCGUGGCCUGCGCCGAGAUCCCCUGCAAGAUCCAGUGAUGGGCGGGGUACUAUCGCGCAGCUGUGUGGACAGUACCCGACCGAGGGCGGCGCACUGUCGCACUACUGCGGCGACAGUGCCUUACCAAGGGCGACGCACUGUUGCGCAUCUGCGAGGACGGUGCCUAGCCAAUCCAAACCAGCAGGCAGUGGACAGGGAGACUAAUGCACGCAUCCUCUAUUGUCCCGGAACUGUCAAAACAUCUGAUCUGAAGAUAGGACGCUUGAUUUGAUAUUGAUUCCGUAUUUAUUGCGCAGCUGAAUCUGUGUAUGCAAAUACACCGCGAUCACGCCU